UCCAGGACGCUCCUCUCCGCUCCGGAAAAGCGCGCAGGGCUCAGCUCAAUCAGCCGGGCAGAGAGGGAUGAGGUCCCGGCGGGCAGGUCGGACCACUGGGAAAAUAUGAAUGGAUAUAACGUUCAUUUUUCGGAAGACAACCCUGGCGAUCAUUGAAGGGUUAUAUGUUCGGACUUGUGAUCGCGUUUAAAGCGGGGACUGAUACGCAGCGACGGGAGCGCAGAGAGUUAGUUUUGGAUGAUUGCCAAAGAGUGACACGCAGAGGACACGCUGACCAAACUUUGCUCUGUCAGAGCGGAGCCGGAGAUGGAGCCGGAGGAGGGGAAGAUCUCCGUGUGGGUCUGUCGGGAGGAGAAGCUGGUCUCCGGUCUGACGAAGCGCACCACCUGCGCCGACGUGGUGAAAGUCCUGCUGGAGGACCAGAACCUGCAGCAGGGAGCCUCUGCGGCGAUGCUGUCCAGCUCCCCGCAGUCCUACUGCGUGGUGGAGAAAUGGAGGGGCUUCGAGAGGAUUCUACCCAACAAAACCAAAAUCCUCCGGCUGUGGAGCGCCUGGGGGGACGAGCAGGAGAAUGUCCGCUUCGUCCUGGUGAAGAACGACGCGUCGCUGCCCAACAACGGACCCCGCAGCGCCGAGGCCCGUGUGGUCCAGAGCCGGGAGAGUGGCGGUCCCGGCGGGGGGCUCAAAGGCACCGCCAGGAGCUGCUGGACCGCCGCGGCUGCCGCCGCUAACCUGUCCCAGGAGAAACAGAGGCGCAUAGUCAGGAAGGCUUUCAGGAAGCUGGAUAAGAUGAACAAAAAGAAAGAACAGACUGUUUCGAAGGACAAGGGCUCCGUGGAGAAGAUGGAGACGCUGGUUCACUUGGUGAUCUCCCAGGACCACACCAUCCGCCAGCAGAUCCAGAGGAUCAAGGAGCUGGACCGGGAGAUCGAGCGGUGCGAGGCCAAAGUGCACUUCGACCGCAUCAAGAGACACGGGGUGAACUAUGUGCAGGACACAUACAUGGUGGACUCCUCCACGGAGCCCCCCGCUUCCUCGGACUGUAAGCGCAAAGCGGAGCGGCAGGACGCGCGGUGCACGGUGGAGGCGCUCGCGCAGUUCGAGGAGUACGCGCGCCGGUGUGAAGAGGUGGUGCGGCUCCAGGAGGAGCUGACGGAGCGCGAGGCGCUCGUGGAGAGCAUCACCGGGGAGAUCCAGGAGGAGCUGAACCGGCGGUGGAUGAAACGACGGCGGGAGGAGAGAGGAGCGGAGGCUGCGAAGGACUCAGACUGCGUCGCAGAGGAGAUUUGCCUGGCCGCGUCCGCCGCUCCAGCUGUGGAACCAGAUGUGGAAAGUUUGUCUGAGAACGAGCUGGCGCUGGAGGAGGAGAGGAUCAAGACGCAGCUGGACACAAGUCUGUACAUCGGCCUGCGGCUGAAGACAGACCUGGACGCCAUCAGGGGGGACUUGAACCUGAGUCUGGCACUCUGGGAGACCAAGGAGAGCGAACUUCUGGACCUACUGGCCAAAGUUGAGAGCAUGGAGAUAGAGCAGGUGAACAGCAAGCUGACGGUGACCGAUGAUGGUAAGGCAGAGCUGAGUGCGGUGAGCACUGAGGCUGAGCCGGCAUCAUCAGAGAAGAGCAGCGGCUGGGUGGAGCAGGCCAGGGGUCUGUCCAAGGCCUGCAACACAAACGAUGAGGACUCAGACACGGGCCUGAGCUCCAUGCACAGCCAGGACUCUGACAACCCACCUGUGUGCGAGUCUCUCGUAUAGACUCACUUUGUCUGGAAGCAUGUUGGACUUUUAUGCAAUUUAAAGCCACAAACUCAGGGGCAAGGAAUCAGUGUUGGCAAUACUGGGGGACGUACGUCCCUCCAAAAAAUGCACCUCAGUACGGACACUGUAAUUCUAUAGCAAUAAUUCCUAUAUGUAGCUGCACAAUAAGCUAGGAGGGACAGCAUGCUUAGAGAGGUUUGAUAGGCCAUGCUGCUCCAUAGCUGACCUUUGACCUCCCGGAGAGUCAACAAGUACCACUUACUAUGUGAAAUAGCCUAGAGGAGUAUUAUGAUAAGCCGCUUAUAAUAUGUAGUCUUCAAGGAGACACUAACUUUAAGGUAUACUUGAUCGCAGGUUUACAAAGAGUUAAUACCAGCUUGCUUUUGCCAGGAUGCGGUCCUUUUGCCAAAGCCUCUGAAAGGUAAGGCUGAGUGACAUUUCGUAGACACUCUGUAAGCAUAAGCAGGCAGGCGUCCUUUAAAAGGUCAUCAUCAAGCGUACCUUAAUGCACAGCGAAGGACAGUUAGGUCAGCUGCAACCACGCUAUGGAAGCUCUUUUAGUCAAGCAAAUGCACAACAGAGGUGGGAUCAGUUCACUUCAUCCUUCUUCAAAAUAAGAUUUAAAAUGACGAUCCACUCUGAAUUUUAUCAGUGUCUGGAGAAAUGAAAGUCUUUGUGAAUUGGCGUUGAAGCACUGAUCUCCAUCCUGCCUGCUAUGCAGAGUAGAUCACUUGAUGUUGUCCUCAUUGUCAGUGUCUCUAAAGCACAAGAGUCCUGUUUAUUCAACAGUAUUUUACAGCCAGGUCUUCCACCACGUUGUGUCCUGUACUGGUCAGCUUUCAUAGGUCGGAUUCAAAAAUGAAAGAUUUGACUCCAACCUUUUUGGCUUUAAAACAAUACAAAGUCAACUCACGACCCCUCAUCAGUAGUUACAUACUGUACAUCACAGGCUGGGAGCAUUUCAAGCAGGCAAAGUGAUUUUUUUUACCAGCUCAGAUUGUUUGAUUUAAAUGAUGAAAGAGGCUUGAAGAAAGAAAAGAAGAAAGAUAAAUCUCCUAAAAAAUAAACAGAAGUUAGUGGAGCGGAAUCAAUUUUUUGAUGUUCUUUCCUAACUUGUUCAUCGUCUCACAAUUCCUCAGAUUUAUAUUUUGACCUUAAAGCAGGUAAAAAGUCAAGUCGGCGUGGCAUCUUCCAGGUGAAGUAGCUGCAGAAAGAUCGGCUCAAAAUACAUUUUGGGCAUUUGUUCAAAUUUAAUAUUUCACUUGCAUAAACGUGCAGGAUUCACUAGAGGGAUUUUUAAAAAGGCUGGUUGAAACAGAAGCACCACAGACAGAGAUAUGCUGAUUUUCAUUUCCUGACAUCACCGGGGUUAUAUUAAAAAAUUGAGCGCUCCCUCCAGAGCAACAGCAGAUAUGAUACAACUGUUCUCAUGCUUAGUAGAACUCCUCAUGAUGAGGAACCUGAACUUCAUGUGUAAACUUGGUCCCUUUAAAUCACGGUUUUGAUUAUUGUUCUGGCAGUUUUGCUGUUCUAAUGCAGGCUGCAAGAAAAGCCUUAUCAUUAUAUCAAGGCUCAAGUUAAGAAACAAGUUCUUAUAUAUGUAUCUAUAUCUAUAUGUAGAUUUAUAUGGAUAUAGAUAUAUAGAUAUAGAAUAUGGAUAGAUACAAAUGACCCCAUUCAGUAAUCCCACAGUCCCUGCAUCUCUGAACACUGUGACGUUAAGGAGACCUAUUUUAAGCCUCUGUUCACUUUUUACAUCCUGGAAAUAGUUGCUGCAGAAUAAGCACCGUUAGCUGUGCUCUUCCAGGAACUGCACAGACAAUAAGCAACAGAAAACUACACCGACUCUACCAGAACACAUUAUUUUGAGCUCAUCCUUCAAUUAAAUCACUGUGUAUGUUUGUCAGGCUGUUGUGAUGUAAAAUCUUACUUGGUAACUGUAAAACAGUGAGAAUUAAUAACCGUGUAACAGCUAGAAGAAGCUGAUGACGUUGUUUCUGUGGAGUUAGCUGUUAGCUGUAUCCAAAUACCAAAACGACCUAUGUGUAGCUACUUUAUGUCGCUUGAUCAGGGACAGUUUGGACUUCUCGGUCCAUGACAUUCAACCUGCUUUGUCUAGAUAGAGGGCCCGACAUCAACAACUCUGAGGCCACCGCAGGAGUGCUCAGGCGCACUGUGGCUGCGUCAUGACGCCAGUCAGCACAUUACUACACAUGACUGUUAGUGUUGAAAUA